GGCGCAGCCUCCCGCUCCGGGUCCCGCCGGCCAGUGCGCAGCGCGGCGCCCCCGCCCCCGCCGCCUCCUCCCCGCCCGCCGCCUCCCUCUCCGCUCCCGCCCUCCCCGCUCCGCGCUGCACGCACAGCCCCGCCGCCGCCGCCGCCGCGAGGGGAGAGGCGGCCGCACAGCCUGCUUCCCCGCGCCCUGAACGCCGCCGCCGCCACCGCCGCUGCCCUCGCCCCGCUGAGCGCACCAGCCCGGGCACACGCACCCCGCCGCCGGGCGCCACCCCGCGCACUCCUCCCGCCGCUCCGCUGGGCAGAUGCGCCGCCGCGCGCCCCGCGCCCCGGGCCCGCCACAGAGCUCCGUCGCGCGCCGGGGGCUCCUCUCCCCGGCCCCCCUGGGUGCCCUCCGGCUGGGGCUCCCGCCCGCUCCUUGGAAUAACCCCUGAGGCUCCAGCCGCCGCCGCAAAGUUUCCCGAGGAGACCCGCCUCCCCGGCCGCUACGCAGGUGAAGAACCAGGCAGUAGGCGAGAAAGGCCCCACUCAGGACAGCUGAGCCCCAGGGCUGAAGCAGGAGUAACCGACCCUUCUGCCUCACCCACUUCAGAAGCUUCUCCACAAACAGGAGCAGCCAAGCAGACCAGCCCCUGCCCCCUAAAGUGGCUUCCCAAAGCGGAGCACACAGGCCUGACAGCUCAGCAGUGCGAGGCGAGGUGAGGAGAGGCGAGGCGGCUGCAGCCUGCGGUGAACAUCUGAACUCCUCAGAGGGGUAACAGACCCCCCCACACACAGAUGCAGCCUGAGUGGCAGGAAUACUGAGUCUUUGGAGAGUGGCUCCCUCUCAGCUCUGUCACGCAAGAGCGCUCUCUGCACUGAGCCAUUCUGCCAAGUGACUUAAAGGGAUUUAAAAAAAACAAAAACAAAAAAAAAACCCCAAAAACAAAAAAAACCUUGGUAAAGAAAAGAAGGCAACAGUCCUAGCAGGGACAUUUUGGGAGAGGUGCAGCCUGUGGACAAAAGACUAAAGUUACAAAGAGCUGUGGUGGACGUGGUGGCCAAGGAGAGGCCACAUCCCCCGGGGACUGGCUCUGGGCUGUAGGGCAUGCCCGGCUCAGGAGUCCCCGGGGGUGCCCCGUGCACCCCGAGCACACAACCUUCACUUCGGAGAGCCAAGCCAUCGGUGCCUGUGGCCUAGGGUGCCGAAGAUGCAGCGGGGGACCUGCAGGCAUAUCUGAGGCCUGGCCACAAGGAAGACUAUAAGACUUCUGUAGUCUCUGUGUGCCUCUGUGCUCCCUCUGCCCCAGGGUUGUAGUCUGUGGUUUUGAGCCUGCUGGUGACAUGGGGCCAAGGAUGUGAGUGUGGCCUGGAACAUUGAAGCAGUGACCAGUGGGACCCAGUGGCUCCAGGGAGCAGCAGCAGAGGAGGUAUUGAGACUCCAGGUUGGGUGGGUCAGGCCUCCAGCAGCCAUCCACCAUGGUGGUGGCACACUCUGCUGCCACCGCUACCACCACACCUGCUGCCACGGUCACAGCCACUGUCGUGAUGACCACAGCCACCAUGGACCUGCGGGACUGGCUGUUUCUCUGUUAUGGGCUCAUUGCCUUCCUCACGGAGGUCAUCGAUAGCACCACCUGCCCAUCAGUGUGCCGCUGUGACAAUGGCUUCAUCUACUGCAAUGACCGGGGACUCACAUCCAUCCCCUCAGACAUCCCCGACGAUGCCACCACCCUCUACCUACAGAACAACCAGAUCAACAAUGCGGGCAUCCCUCAGGACCUCAAGACCAAGGUCAAGGUGCAGGUCAUCUACCUGUAUGAGAAUGACCUGGACGAGUUCCCUAUCAAUCUCCCCCGCUCCCUGAGAGAGCUGCAUCUGCAGGACAACAAUGUGCGCACCAUCGCCAGGGACUCUUUGGCUCGCAUCCCGCUGCUGGAGAAGCUGCACCUGGACGACAACUCCGUUUCCACCGUGAGCAUCGAGGAGGAUGCUUUUGCUGACAGCAAGCAGCUCAAGCUGCUUUUCCUGAGCCGGAACCACCUGAGCAGCAUCCCGUCAGGGCUGCCCCACACGCUGGAGGAACUGAGGCUAGAUGACAACCGCAUCUCUACCAUCCCCCUGCACGCAUUCAAGGGUCUCAACAGCCUGCGGCGCCUGGUUCUGGAUGGCAACCUGCUGGCCAACCAGCGCAUUGCCGACGACACCUUCAGCCGGCUGCAGAACCUCACGGAGCUGUCGCUAGUACGGAACUCGCUGGCUGCCCCGCCCCUUAAUCUGCCCAGCGCCCACCUGCAGAAGCUCUACCUGCAGGACAAUGCCAUCAGUCACAUUCCCUACAACACCCUGGCCAAGAUGCGGGAGCUGGAGAGGUUGGACCUGUCCAACAACAACCUCACCACGCUGCCUCGGGGCCUGUUUGAUGACCUGGGGAACCUGGCACAGCUGCUUCUCAGGAACAACCCCUGGUUCUGUGGCUGUAACCUCAUGUGGCUGAGGGACUGGGUGAGGGCACGGGCUGCAGUGGUCAAUGUGCGGGGCCUCAUGUGCCAGGGCCCUGAGAAGGUCCGGGGCAUGGCCAUCAAAGACAUCACCAGCGAGAUGGAUGAGUGCUUUGAGGCGGGGUCACAGGGCGGUGCUGCUAAUGCAGCCGCCAAGACCACAGUCAGCAACCAUGCCUCUGCCACCACACCCCAGGGCUCUCUGUUUACCCUCAAGGCCAAGAGGCCAGGACUGCGCCUCCCAGACUCCAACAUUGACUACCCCAUGGCCACUGGCGAUGGCGCCAAGACAUUGGUCAUCCAGGUGAAGCCACUGACGGCAGACUCUAUCCGAAUCACAUGGAAGGCCAUGCUACCCGCCUCUUCUUUCCGGCUCAGUUGGCUACGUCUGGGCCAUAGCCCGGCUGUGGGCUCUAUAACAGAGACCCUGGUGCAGGGGGACAAGACAGAGUACUUGCUGACAGCACUGGAGCCCAAGUCCACCUACAUCAUCUGUAUGGUCACCAUGGAGACUGGCAACACCUACGUGGCCGAUGAGACACCUGUGUGUGCCAAGGCAGAGACAGCAGAUAGCUAUGGCCCUACCACCACGCUCAACCAGGAACAGAAUGCUGGCCCUAUGGCGGGGCUGCCCCUGGCUGGGAUUAUUGGUGGUGCCGUGGCUCUUGUAUUUCUCUUCCUGGUCCUGGGAGCCAUUUGCUGGUACGUGCACCGGGCUGGCGAGCUGCUGACCCGAGAGAGGGUCUACAACAGGGGCAGCAGGAGGAAGGACGACUACAUGGAGUCAGGGACCAAGAAGGAUAACUCCAUUCUAGAAAUCCGUGGCCCAGGACUGCAGAUGCUACCCAUCAACCCGUACCGCUCCAAAGAGGAGUACGUGGUGCACACCAUAUUUCCCUCCAAUGGCAGCAGCCUCUGCAAGGGUGCCCACACUAUUGGCUAUGGCACCACACGAGGCUACCGGGAAGCGGGCAUCCCUGAUGUGGACUACUCCUACACAUGAAGCUGGCCGCCCGCGCCGCACCGCACCGGUGUGUCACGUGGCUCUGUCUAGCCCACUGCAACACCAGGAGCCAGGAAGAGAAACUCCACAGUGACCUUCCAAACAGAAAGCAAAGUUUGGGGAGGGUUGGUGAUUUUGCAGAACACCACAGUGGGGUUAAAAAAAAAAAAAACAUAGAAGCCAGGAAGGGGAUUCAGCAUUGUUGGAGAUGUAAUUUAUACCAGAACAUGAGCGUUAAAGACUAAAUAUCUCGCAGGAAGGGUUGGGUUGGGUUGGGACUUUUUUUUUUCUUGAACCAGAUUGAUGCUACCUGUACAACAUUUGUAUUCACCUCGAGCUCCAUUCAGGGCCAGCAGAGAGAAGCCGAUAACAAACACGUGACGGCACGGAGCCCCACCCCCAUCCCCACCCCCAAGCAACUGUCCUUGUGGAUGCUCACGGGUGACAACUCAGUGAAAGGUUUUCAGGUUCCUCACAAAAGAGCCAGGGGAGGAAAAAGACUUUGCUCUGGAGACAGUGGCCUGGAAUCUCUUCCCUGGUCUUUCCUGUGCCGUUUCCUUCCCAGAUCUACAGAAAUAUGACGUUCUCCGAGAUACUCUCCCAACAAUACCAUAGUCAAUUAAAAGAAAAAUAAGUCAAACUUUUCCUUCCAGUGCUGAGCACUUCGGUUCCAUCCACCGGACUCUGCAGAAAGCUCUGAGGAAAGCAAACUGGAGCUCUCUCUGCCGCGUGGAGGUGCGUCUGUCUGCCCACCCAUGGCCGUGUCCUGUGUCUCAGUACGGAUGGGUAGACAGAGCUGCGUGUCUGUCCUCUCAGCACUUCCUGGGUCAGUCCUUGACAUUUCCUCAGACAAUAGAAUUGCAAAAAUCUUGCUUUCUCCUAGAAAUCAUUGAGUAAGUAGAGUGUGUGGAGGUGGAGGGGAGGUGCCUCAGUCCAGGUGGUAGGAAAGAGAUCCUGUGUCAGCCAGCCCAGAGCCGGGCCACUCCCCUUUCUGGUACCAAGAAAAGCUUUCCUUGAUGACCAGUGCCCUCAUCUGUCCCUCCCCCAAUAGAUGCUGUCCCCACAAUAGUGUUUACUCUUUCUCCUGGGACAGGUAAUUUAUAAACAGGAACUGUUUAUACACACACAUCAGCUGGCUAGACCUAUUGGAGUUUCCAUGGCUGUCCAAAUAAAGCCCAGAAAAAAAGAAAAAAAUUUUCAGAAAAGCGCUGGGAGACAUCAGCAUACACACACACACACACACACACACACACACACACACACACACACACAUGCACAAUCUCAGCUAUAACCACACUAGGGGCUCUGUUCUCAAGAGGGGAAAAUCAGAUUUCUUUGUAUAAAAAAAAAUCAACCUCCAAAAGGGUACUGACCGGGCCCUCAGAAGAGCUAAGAUUUUAUUCCCUCUCUGUGGAAUCAAUGUCGUUAUCAUUUAUCAACUGACACCACAGUGUGGUGAGCCAUGAGAUUAAAACCAUGAUAAAAUAAUGACAGCAAAUCCGGAAAGGAGGGAAGAGCGGUGCCUGGGGUUCUGAUGUCUGCUUCGUCCUGUACUUGGGGAGCCCGGGUCACCAUCUGUCAAUGCAUCGCUUUGCCCUGCACCGGGGGAAAAUAGUCAUCAAAGGGAAGGCACUGCUCUGAGGGCAGCCGGAUGAGAAGGGGUCCAGCUCCUGAUACUGAUGUUUUCAAAAGACCUCUGCCACUCCAUCCAAAGCAAAGGCAGGAAGAAAAGCCAGGCAGCUGCCCAAAGUGUACCUGGUGGGGCAUCUGCUUGCUGGACAUUAAAGAGCCAACUAGCCCGUCAGUGAAGAGAUGAGAUAGAAAGAAAUGGACCCGGCAGGUGCCUCAGAGUAGUGGAAAGAGGCACAGGCUCCUGAUCUUAGCCCAAGGGGUCAUCACACCAAAUGGAGACCCCCAACCCACCAGCCCCAGGGAACGGCCAAGGGGUAUGGACACGGAUCACUCCAGAGGAGACCUUUCUUCCUCUUCAUCCCAAGUCAUUUUUCCCACAUAAUGAGGUCAAGAGAGAAAUGUUCCUGAGCCCCAGAUUCAGGUCUGUAUAAACAUGCACCCUGGAGCCCUGUGGUCCCCAGUGACCCUAAUGAUGCCCUAGUCCUGGCAGGCUCAGAGGAGACCCAUCUGUAAGGAACAGGUAUGUGAGGGAGAGUCCCAGAUGCUGAACAAGGCAUCGAGGGCACCGUGCCAGCUUCCCCAGGGCCGCAGGGAAAUCAAACUCCACGUCCUCACCCCUACCUUGCACCUGUAACUUGCCCUGUCUGAUACGCUUUCAUGCCCCCCUUCCUUGUUUCCUGCUCCAGGAAGGGUCUGGUGGCCAAAUGCUUGAAACACCUGGGCUGUGGUAAAUCUCUUCCCCCACCACACAGAAUAAGCCUUGGCAGUCACAGGCAGAAUGUCAAAGAUUGAGGACCAGUCUAAGGGGCUUACUCCAGAUUACACCUAGUUGGACAGCCCAAGGCUGGCAUUGCCCCCUAACGAGCCCUGGAUGCUGAUCAGAGUGAACACUGCCCAGCCAUGGCCCUGCAGCCCCUCCAAUAGCCCUUCCUGUGCCAUUCCACCCCUGCUGGUCCUAUCAUUUUCCCAGUACCCUUUAUUCUGUGUGUAUUGGGGAUGGAAUAACACUGGAGACUAAAUCCAGGGCCUAGCCAUGCAAGGCAAACACCCCACCACUGUGCUGCAUCCCCAGAACUGCACUUGGAGGCAUCCUUUCAGAAAGCCCCCAAGUGUGACCUUUGUCCCAGUUCUCCAAAGGAGAAAAGGAACCUGGCUUCUGGCCUCACAAUACAAUAGAAGAGGCUCAGGGCACCCAGCCUUUCUACCCUCAGAAGUGAGGGAGGCCAGGGUUGGCACUGGACGGCCAAUGGGAUGCUGUCCGUGUGCAGCUGACAUUUCCAUAGGGAAGUCUGUGGCUGGCCAGCCUGACCCUCACAGUUUCUAACCAGCCAGAACAACCUCCAUGGCCUCAGCUCUGGGGAGUGUAUUUUGUGGCAUUUAAGGCAAGUUUAAACUAAAAAAACCCAGUGACACUUCUUUGGCUAAGUGGUUUACCCUUCGUGGUAAUUAGAUGCAGCGAUUGGAAUCUCUUUUUCUAUUACAUGGCAAUUUUACUUUAAAUUUCCUCUUUAAAAAAAAAAAAAGAAAGAAAGAGAAAAAAGCGGGGAAGAAAAGGCAAGGAAGGAGAGAGGCAUCAGGGCCAGGGGCAUUUGCAUUUUGCGAAUGAAGCCUCUGGUAGGCUCAGCUCAGGCGUGCGGCCCAACGUAUGGAAUGCUUAAGAGAUUACUAAGAAUAAAAUCUAUUAAUUAGUCAUCCUCAAUUCCGCAGACAUGACGUGAAUCCAAAGCUCCCUUCCUUCCCUCAUCUGCAUCCUCUUCCUGAGGAAGCCUCCAUCUUCCCUGAAAGGCUGCCUCCUGGCCUGCCUCCCCCUCAGUGCCGCUCAGCCUUGGCCCUGUGUGGCGGAUCCUGACCUAGAGAACAGGUGUGGGGACACUGCACUGUCCUGCCCUGAGCCAUGCUGGCAGGGAGGGGACAGCCUUGGGAAGACAGCUGAGGAGUUCAGCCUUCCCUCCCUGGGUCCAUGCCCCCAUGCUCUCUCCCCCGUGCUCCCUGCCCUGUGCUCCAUGCCUCUCCUUCCAUCUCAAAACUCCUUUCCCAGAGUUCCCAGUAGGUAGCUGCCCAGCUCAGCCCCAGUGAGGGAGCCAGGAGCAUGGUAUACAGAUGCGAGCUUCCAUCUCUAAAGUGAGGGUGUCUGGGGCAGAUUCUUGCUUCAUGAAGACCCUGUGAGAGCAACCUCUCUGUGCUGAGUCUGGAAGGUUCUAAUGGGCUCAGGGCAGUGGGGGAGGGGGGGGGACACCGGUGCUGGGUAGGAAGAGGCAGUGUGGACUCUGAGUCCACAGAAGGGAUGAGCAGUGUGUCUGGAAUAGCCUGCCAACCUGAGCUUCCUCCCUCACUGCCCCUGGCAAGAGAGUAGGAAACAAAAGUCAGAGCCAGACUGAGGACCCUUCUCACCCAACCCCCCACAGGCCAGCCCUCUUAAGACAUCUGCUUUCCACUGAGCACACCAGGGAGGGGGCCAAAGCUUCCGAGCCUCUUGCUUAUGAAAAAUACAACAAGGGAAACUGGGUGCAGCAGCCGGGAAGCUAUGCAGAGGCAGCAGGGACAGGCUCGAGUGGGCAUGGUGGCCUGAGUCCCCCACGGACCAGAUGACAUGUCAAGGCCAGGGUCUGGGCUGCAGGCCUCUCAUGAACCACGUUCUCUCUCACACAGACAGUGGCGCAGGUGACAGCAGCUGAUGCUGAGGCUGGAUAGGUGCCAGGGUGAGCACUAGCAAGCAAUUCACAGGCUUUCCAGAGAGCAGAGCAAGGAAGCUUUUUUUUUUUUUUUUUUUUUGGUAAGGAGGAUAAAAAGGCUCAAAAAUGCAAAUCAUUACCGUUUACAUCCAAGCGAGUCUGCUAAAUUGAUUAGAAGAGAUUAAACUCCUUGGAGGUGAAGGGAAAGGGGGAUUUUUUUUGUGGGUUAUGAACCUACCCCAAGUGGCAGCCCACACAGCAGGCAUUUUCCGGGUCUGGAUGGGAGGGGGUAGCAGCUGUUCCUGCCUAGCGCCCUGAGGAGCUGGCAUCUCUAAGGACUGAAUAAAUUGAAUAGCUGGGGCCAGGGCCAUGGGAACAGAAAGGGUCACUGUUGCCAGGACAGGUCAUACAGUCCCUGGGCAGUCUCUGAUCCUGUUACCUAGGGUCAGUCUGUCUUGAGAGAUGGCAAGCCACAUCUGGAUCAAAGGAAGCAGCCUGCGCCAUUGCUUGGAGAGUAAGACUCCAGAGCCAUGAGACGUCCUGUAUCCUUAUGCUGGGGACCUGCUGCUCUCUGGGGUCAGAGAAAGAGUGAGGCCAGCUGUAAAGAAAACCCUGAAGGUCAGGAGAGAGAAGCUGGGCCCAACAAAGGAAGCAGACGGUGGCCUGUGCGUCCCAUGAAGCACCCAAGCGUUAUCUGAGGAUGUGACCCACAGCUCUACAGCCUGAGCUAAGGCCUGGGUCUUUGUCUAGAAGAUUCCGGUUCCCACGCUUGCUUUAUCACAACCUCCAGGACAGGAUGUACAAAGACAUCCUUCCCCAGUCUGUGCUCAGCAGGUACUGAGGGACACUGACAAGACACAUGCUGGGCUCAGCACUGCACGCCCCAGGAUGUCCCUGGACCUGUUCCCUCCAGCCCAGCUGCCUCACACCCAGGAGUAACUAUAGUCUCAACACUGCCUGCCAGCCAGUCCGUCCAUCACAGCCAGCUGAUGGUGCCUGGGGCUCUCUUGGAAUGCUCACCAGUUUUUAGGCAUUUACCGAUUCUUUUGAAGUGUCCCAAUCAUUUAUGUGAAAUAUCCACAUUGGCUUCUUUUAAAACAACUGGCAAAAUGGCUCCCUUUCUCUCCUCCCGCCUUUCUUUUUUUCCCUUUUUCUCCACCCCACUCCCACCCCUGAUGUUUUGAGUCUGGCACUGGACUUCUGAUGCCCCAUGCUACCUCCUUUAAUUUUUUUUUUUUUUUUUUUUGAGACAGGGUCUCACAUAACCCAGGUUGGCUUCGAACCCUUUAUGUAGCUAAGAAUACCAUAAAUUUCUGAUCCUCCUGUCUCUACCUCUUUUAGAUUUUAAUGUAUUUCCCCCCUGAUUCUGGGAAUUUCAUUGUCCCUGGGGCUACUCCUAUCAUGAGGGGCUUGCAGAGUGUGCCACACGAGGAAAGGGCACCAACUCUCUCCAUGUCUCUCUUGACCCGUGUGCAGACAGCUUUCUAGCCUGGGGCUGCUCCUGCUCCUGGAAGCCACUCUGGGCUCUCUGAAACCACUGUCAGAAUUCCUUGCUGCUGAGAGGUCCAGCUUGUGCCAGGAGGGAAUUGUGGGUAUGUGGUGGGCACUGUGCCUAGCAGGCGGGUGGAUCAGCCCCGGCUUCACACAGCCCCACUCCCAAAACAGAGUCACCAUCAAGUCAACUUAGCAGUAGUUUGGUUUCCCUACCCACACACCUGGGAACCGAGGACCAGCAGGGGACCUGGAACCCCUUACCACCUUCUCUUCCCACCUGCCAUCUGUCUAUUCAUGGGAAAGGCCUGAGGGCUGGCAGUGAGGGUCCUUCUGUCCUGCACCUGGCUGGUGGUCUGGCCAGGAGAGGGUCUCGCCUGGGAAACUCCUCCCAGAAGCCUCUGGCCCUGCUUUGCUUCGGGAUUGGUGUAUCUCUAGCAGAUGGGAAAUGAAGAUUCAGUGAGAUCUGGCAGCACCACAGCCUGAAUGGGUGACUCAGUUUCCCUUCUCCAAGAUUUGCAUCAAGUAGGUGAGGGGGGUUGGCAGAAAACUAGAGAGACCCAGGAGGGCGGGGUAUAAGAAACAAGAUCCAAGGCAACAGCCUGUCAUGCCUGCCACCCCUGCAGAGUCCCCGCACCCCAGCCACCCGCCUGGAGGAACUAAUCAGACUUUCUCUUCAAGACAGAAAAACAAGCACGACAUGAACCGACAAUCAAAGCCGCAGCAGGCCCGGGGCUGCCGCUGCUCAUUCCCCCAGGGGCCCAUGGUUCCAAACAGCUCUCAACCUGCCUUAGAUGGAAGGCGAGGUAGCAGGUCCCCCGCCCCUUACCCGUCUUGUGACCAGUCCCAUCUCUGAAGGUUCUGGGCACAAAGUGGGGAAGCCCUACCCACAAAACCCCAAAGUAGCCUUAGGCAUUUCCCCCCAGUCCAGCAUGACCGUCUGAGAAUGGCUUUAACCAAUAAGCCACUUGGGUAUCUAGGGUAUAGUGUAAAAGUGAGGACCUGGUUCCUCCAGCCCCUCCAGUGAGACUGAGGGUUGUCAGGAGGAAAACACGGGCCCAGUAGAGGAGGCUCAUCUGAGAGAAAAAGGGGGAGAUCUGGAGGCUGGGAGUCAACCAAUCAGGCUCUGCAGACCUGUGCUUGUGCUAGCUGGUGCCACCAGCAGGUGUGAGCAAGGAAGGCAAAGGUACAGGGCUGCUUCAGAGGACCCCUCUCCUGACCUGACGUAAGCACUGCAGAGUGGGGGCUUUGGCAGAGCUCUCCUCCCGGGAUACAAAGGAUGCCUGUUGGUAUUGCCAAGUAAGGGAGAACAGGUAUUGGGAAGGAUAGCCUGGUCCCCAGUUCUGAGGUGGCCAUGGCCAACCUCUGGGGAUGCUAAAGGUGGGCUGCCUACCCAGACCAAGGCAAUGAGGCAGACCCUGAACUGCCCAUGUUCCAAGCUCUGCUUCAGCCAGACUAGGACCCCUGAAGCCUGUUGGAUGCUCACCCCUCUCUUUUUCUCUGAAGGGCGGAACGGUCUGGGGGGAGGGGUCUGAGUACCCCCUUCAGGCAGCAGCUGCAGCUGGGAACUGGCAGGCAGAUGGAGGUCCUGCUCCCUGGAAGGCCUGGCUACACCCAGCCUCAUGGCCCACCUGCUUCACUCCGACUCUACCACUAGACAAGGGUUUUUCAGAAAAUGGCGACACAAACACCCCACCACCACCACGACAACAACACAAACCAAAGUGCACUCCAAACCGCCCUUUGGCCUCCUUCAAUGUAGGUGCCUUGAAACUUCAAUGUUGAGAUGAAUGUGACUAAUUAAUUGGUCCUAUUUUCUGUUUGUCUGUUUCAUAUAAAAUGUCCAAGUCCACCUGCCUUGUCCUUUCUUGAAAUAAAUAGAAAGAUUUAAAUUUUA